AUGGGGCUCAACAAAACUGAUAUUAAUCAGAAAGCGAUGGCUAGUAGAAUGAAGACUAAAUUUGAUAAAUACUGGGGAGAUAUGGAGAACAUGAAUGUGAUGAUUUUUGUUGCUUGCGUUAUGGAUCCGAGGUAUAAGCUGAAGAAUGUGAGCUUUAUAAUCCGUGAGAGCUAUGGUAGUGGUAGAAAUAGCAUAGCCGGAGCCUUGAUUGCAAAAGUGCGCUUCGUUUUAGACCAAAUGUACAAGCAUUAUGAAGCUAAGACUUGGAAUUCUCCUCCUGUGCGUACUAACCAAGCUAAAGGACCAAAUCCAACUACAGAAACCGGUGAAGACACUGAGAAUACUUAUGAUCUUGAUUCUCUGAUUGAUAUACAUGAAGAAAGUGAAGAAAAUUCUGGGGAUCAAACAGAAUUGGAGAGCUAUUUAUCUGAUCCAUGUGUUCCUAGAUCGGAUCCAGAUUUCAAUAUAUUACAUUGGUGGAAAAGGUCAGCAUCAAGGUAUAAGACUCUUUCUUUAAUGGCCAGAGAUCUAAUGGCUAUACCCGUCUCAACGGUUGCUUCCGAGUCAGCUUUUAGUACAAGUGGUCGACUCAUUGAUGCUUUUCGUAGUUCUCACUCCAAGAACGGUUGA